UGUUAAGGAAUAUCGAGCUAACCUCAAUGGGUAUAGAGCAUAUCGUUCCUCUCCAAUUAAGUGGCUUCAGGAUUAUAUGGGUGAAGCUCCAAGGCGGAUGGAGUAUAACAACAGUGUCAGUAUUUUCAACUGGUUUGUGGACCACAACUUCGUAGACUCUAGCAGGAUUGCUGAGAUAAUCUACAAGGAUAUUUGGCUCAAACCCCUGCCAUAUUACCUUGGGACUCAGGUAUCUGAAGAUGGAAUGGAGAAAGGUGAUGAGCAGCCUGUCACCUUGGGUAAGAGCUUGUGUGUAGGGACAUGGUCCCUUAUUUCCCAAACGGUGUACCUGAGGCUUAGUGGAGACAAAAGGGAUUCACAAAACUCAGGUCAGCCUUGGUAUCAGAGUGAAGCAGAUUUGGGGAGAAGUAUGAUGCAAAAUUGUUCAUGA